AGCGCCUGAUAAAGCGAGGUGACGAACGGCGCAGAAGCGUCUAGAUACAAGGAAGCCACAAGUCGCCUUUUGUCGUCUUUCUUGCGCCGUCAACAACACUCGAUAGUUGGACGAAGUUUAGUGAGGAAAACUGAAUAAACGUGGAAUUAUCAGCAAGAACUUGUCAUAUCCGCCAUGUUGAGAAUGAACUUCAGGAGGGAGAAAGACAAAGAAUACAAACACAUCGCCCAUGGUUUGAUCCCCGCUGCCUCCAUUGCCCCCAAAGCUGCCGUGCCUCGUACCCCACCCCCACGCAGCCCCAACCCCUCACCUGAGAGACCCAGGUCGGCCUUAGCGGCAGCCAUCUUGUCUUCAUCGCUCACCGGACAGACCUGGGCGCUCCCCCCGACUCGCCCAAGGUCUUCCUCUGAGGCCCGACGAUCCGCCUCCUUCGUUUCAGAGCCGAACAUCAGCACCGCACUUUUCACACGGGAUCGAUGGUCGGAAGACUUUGUUGCUGGCCCACGUCUGUCCUGGCCUGACCACUCUGAGGAGGAUGACCAAGAAGAGCGGCUGCUGAGCGGCGUGGCUACAGAAGUCGUCCGUGCUGCGCCCCUGGAACACUCGGCUGAGACCCCCCAGGCCAGUCCCAUGUUGUCCAGCAGGGAGUCUUCUUCUUCUUCUCCAGAAUCCCCGCAGCAAAGAGGCCUAGAUCUUCCUAAAGCCCGCAGUGUUUCCUUAAAGAAGAAAGCGUCAGUAAAGAGGAGCUCCAGGAGCCAUGGAGAAGAUGUUCCACUCAUCAACCAACGAGGUGGCGCCAAAAGAGAACCGAAAGAAGCGGCCAACCUGCCGUCUUCUGACAGCCUGCGGAGGAGGGGCUCUGUCAAGGCCUUGAAGGAGGAGAACGCCAAGUUGGAGGCGGAGCUGCGACGCCUGCAGCAGGAAGUUACUCGUAGCCCCGCCUCCACGUCCACUACAGGCAUGCAGACACAACUGCACACUCUGAGACAACAAGCCCAGGAGCUGCUGGAUGAGAACCACGCCCUCAAACGCACCAUUCAUCAACUCAAUGCAGAGAUGACACGCUGCCACACACACGCCAAGCAGGAGGCGGACUCGAAGCCUUUCCCACCCCGCGCCUCUGCCUAUGAGGACAGGUUGAAGGAGAAGGAUGCACUGCUGCACACCACGGAGGAUGAGGUGAAGCGCCUGAGAGCGCACGUGGACGAAGUGGCCGAAGAAAACAAGAGACUUCACGGGGAACUUGCCAAGACCGUAGGGAUGAGCCCGGACGACCGCCUUCAAGUGCAGCAGCAGGCCCUGCUGGUCUUGCAGGAGAAUCAGUUCCUGAGCCAACAGCUGGAGGCGCUGCAAGUUAAGACCAAGGACCAGCACAGCAAACACCUGGCUGAAGUGUCCAAAGUGUCCAAGCAGCUGAUGCUGAUGGAGGCGGAGAACCAGCGUCUGCAGGAGGAGCUGGACGGGAGCAGGAGGGAGGAGCAGAGCCAGAAGAAGGAGGUGCUCCGUCUGCAAGGCCUCCUCAAGGACGCCGUUGCCUGGGAGGAACACUGCAACAUUGCUGGGAGACUCAGGCGGCAGCUGGAGCAGGAGCAGAACAGGAACAUGGAGGAGAUGGAGGAGGUGCGCCUCCAAGCGUCCGGCCUGCAGGUGCACAACCGCAGUCUUCUGGCGGCCAACGGCAAGCUGACGGCUGACGUGCAGAGAAUGGAGGCGGAGCUGGAGCUGAGCAGACAAGCCAACAGGAAGGCGGAGAAGAAGCUGAGCGUACUGAAGCACCAGAAGGACGAGUGUGUGCUGAAAGAGGAGAAGACCAGGAACUACCUGGAAUCCGUCCUGGCUGUGGCCGACGGGAUCUCCCAGGAGCGAGACCAGCUACUACACAUGGCGUCGACGCUUCAGCAGGAGAAGCAGGAGUUCCUCGGCAAGAUGGUGAACGGCACCAUUCAAUUCGGAAAGCUGGAGGAGCGCGUCAAGGUGUACCGCAAGCAGGCGUCCAGCCGACUGGCGGCGCUGGAGGAGGCGGCGGAGGGCAAGGCGGCGUCCUACCACAGGGAGGUGGUGCACCUGCAGAGUCUGCUGGCAGAGAGGCGGCAGGCGGAGGAGAGGCUGCUGCAGUCCAAACGGGCGGUGGAGGAGGAGCUGGAGGUGGUGUGGCAGGCGGCUACCAGGGAGAACCAGCACAUCAAGGACAUUCUGUGGGACUCCAGGCCCAUAGGAGACCUCCUUGAGUGGGGCCGUGCUGACCCCGCCUCCCCCGACCGGCCUCUGGGAGCAGCCCACAAGUCCUGGGACCACCUGGACGUCUACACCUAGAGGAAGUCCUCUUGCAUCCCUCAGGCAACUUUUCUAUUUUCAUCCUCACUCUGAGGUCAACCUUUACGUUUAAGAAGAUUUCAUCUGUUCUUGGGGUCAAACCUGCAGCCACGAAACUCUUAUUUGCUGACAUAUUCUGAAGUGUUUACAUGUGUCAAAGGAGGAUUUGUAGUUAAAUUGUGCCUGCUCAGGUGACCUUUGGUGUCCAGCUAAUGAUUUAACAGCACAUUCUAGAACUACUGUCAAACUCGUGAAAAAUAGCACUUAAAGUGGAAUAAAAGAGCAAACGUGUACUGUGACAAUAUUUUUUAACUGUCAUCGCUCAAAAAAUAAUAAUGAAUCAAAAUCAGUGUGGUUAUGAAUUAUUGACCUAUUGAAGGCUCCAAUUAAUUCAUAUCAAAUAUUACACUUUGAAAUUUUUGGGUGGAAAAUAUUGCUUAUUUUUUUGUGUUUGCCACUUAAGAAAGGAACGUAAAAGACAUAAUCCAUCCAUCCGUCCAUCUUCUUCCGCUUAUCCGAGGUCGGGUCGCGGGGGCAACAACCUAAGCAGGGAAGCCAAGACUUCCCUCUCCCCAGCCACUUGGUCUAGCUCUUCCCGGGGGAUCCCGAGGCGUUCCCAGGCCAGCCGGGAGACAUAGUCUUCCCAACGUGUCCUGGGUCUUCCCCGUGGACUCCUACCGGUUGGACGUGCCCUAAACACCUCCCUAGAGAGGCGUUCGGGUGGCAUCCUGACCAGAUGCCCGAACCACCUCAUCUGGCUCCUCUCCAUGUGGAGGAGCAGCGGCUUUACUUUGAGUUCCUCCCGGAUGACUGAGCUUCUCACCCUAUCUCUAAGGGAGAGACCCAAACUCAUUUGGGCCGCUUGUACCCGUGAUCUUGUCCUUUCGGUCAUAACCCAAAGCUCAUGACCAUAGGUGAGGAUGGGAACGUAGAUCGACCGGUAAAUUGAGAGCUUUGCCUUCCGGCUCAGCUCCUUCUUCACCACAACGGAUCGGUACAACGUCC